CAGGGACUUGCACAUGAACACUCCUGCCUGCUGCCACAGCGUGGAGCGAGAGGAACCGCAGGCGACCCUCUGCCAGCAACGUAAGCUUCCCAACACAGGAAACACACGAGAUUUCAUCACUUCUCAACAGCCCACUACGUCUAUUCUGAAAAAUGGAAGACUUUGCGAACGAGAGUACCAUCAGCAACUCCAGCGGAGCACCCUUCUCCACCCCAUGCCACCGAGACACCAGAGUUACCCACCUGGUCUUCCCGGUACUCUACACACUCGUCUUCCUCCUGGGACUUGUACUGAACAGCCUGGCUCUUUGGGCUUUCUUCUAUAUUCCAAGCACAUCAACUUUCAUUGUCUACCUGAAAAACACCUUAGUAUCUGAUUUCAUAAUGACACUGAUGCUUCCUCUGAAAAUCCUGACUGACUCUGGCCUUGGACCAUGGCAACUCAAAGCCUUUGUCUGCCGCUUUUCAGCCGUAAUAUUUUAUGACACCAUGUAUAUUAGCAUAGUGCUCCUUGGUCUCAUUGCUUUUGACAGGUUUCUCAAGAUCGUGAGACCCUUUGGGAAGUUCUGGGUGCAGCAUGUGACCUCAGCAAAGAUCCUCGCAGGUCUGGUCUGGUCCUUCUUCCUUGUUCUCUCUCUACCAAACAUGAUCUUAUCAAACAAGAAAGCAACACCGCAAUCCGUAAAGAAGUGUGCCUCGCUGAAGAGCUACUUUGGGCUCAAAUGGCAUGAAGCCGUCAAUUACAUCUGUCAGCUCAUCUUCUGGACUGUUCUCAUUCUUAUGUUUCUGUUUUAUGUAAUUAUUGCCAAAAAGGUAUAUGAGUCUUACAAGAAAACACAGAAGAAAGAAAACAAAAGGGAAAAAAAGGUCAAGGGGAAAGUAUUCAUCAUUUUUACUGUGUUCUUCUUAUGCUUUGCCCCCUUUCAUUUCAGCAGGGUUCCCUACACCCUGAGUCAAACGACAACCCGAAUGGAAUGCCAUCUGCAGAACCAGCUCUUUGUCGCUAAAGAAAGCACUCUUUGGCUGGCUGCCACCAACAUCUGCAUGGACCCUUUGAUAUACAUGUUCUUGUGCAAACCAUUUGUAGAGAAGAUAUUAUGCAGGAGAGUAGGCACAUUUCAGAAAACAAUUCAUACAAAUGCCAAAUCCGAACUGGACACACGAACGUCGGCAACUGAACCUUGAUUCUGUAGCUCAUAUUCAUUUGUGGAUAUUUGUAUAUUGUGGAGAAGUUAAAAAACAAUGUUUUACUUCUGCUGUAGAAAAUUAAAGGGCGGUGGUACUGUAAUGCUACUACUAAAUAAAAGCGGGACACUGGAUUUCCAUAUUUAUGCUCACCGCUUAGCUUUGAUAGGCAAAAAGCUGUCACUCACAUUGCCACCCCAGAUCUAACACUGAUCUUCCCCCAAGCUCUGCCCUCUCAUUGGGAUCACCGUCACUAAGCAAAGCUGGGGAAGCCCAAGUGUGUCUUGGUUGUGCCUGCCCAGCCACGGUUCUGCUGCACUCGCACCACAGAGAUCUGUAUCACCUCAGUCAGACACUAAUGCGACUUCACAGCUGUAACCACACCAGUCUGAAUAAAAUAAAAUUAAAUUAAAUUAAAUUAAAAACCUGCAUUGGUGAUGCAUAAAACUAACAGUGAUCAGCUUGUAGUCUUGCACUGCUAUGCUGGCUCUGCGAAGUUAACAAGAACUAGAAUGCCUUCGCUUAAGAACAAGAUACCGACUAAUGCUAUCUGCUUUAAGCAAACAAACAAAAACCCUUUCUUAUUAACACUUAAACAUCUUACUGACAGAUGCUUCUAAAGACAAUUUAGCUUUAUUUGGGAAUAAAACACAGAGCUCUUGA